ACGGGACACAAACUUUUCCUUUCAUUUGCUGUUGGAUAUGGACCAAUCGGCUGUUGAAGGCAACUGCAGCAAGACAUUUGUGUAGCACCCGCAGUCCAGGAAAUGUCACUAGUGAGUGGUGGCAGCUUGGUCUAUGAGAAGAGGUACCAACAUCAAAUGGCCAUAUAUGCAGAAAGGAGAAGACAUUUAUGCUCCUGUUUCACUGAUUUAAGCUAUAUGAGGUAUCAACAUCAACUGGCCAUAUAUGCAGAAAGGAUGAGACAUGUAUGCUCCUGUUUCACUGAUUUAAGCUAUAUGUGAAUCACAUGUAUGCCUCUUAUCUUCUAUCAUUAAUCAUCUUCUUGACUUGAUCAGAUCACACAUUAGAUUCUUUUCCUUGUCUGCAUAUUCAUCUGAUAAUGCAGCCAUCACAAUCUACUGUCGUUUCAUCUUUUCCAUGGUGGAGGAUCAACAGAUCCCGUGAUUACUCCUUCCACUGAGUUCAACGAGAAGAGAAGAGGUCUCAUCCGUCUCUGUCUUCAAUAAGCUGUGUUUCUCACGUUUUCUGUGCUGUUGACAUCAGACGAGAGGGAGCUCUUCGUGCAGCGUUGUCUAUGCUCCCAUGCUGCUCACUCGGCUUUGACUGCACCACCGGCUGCAGGAAGAGGAGGAAGAAGAAGCAGCAGCUUCGGGCCCCACCCGACGUCGACAGCUCCGCACCACACAAAUCCUGAGUCAGAAACAUCGGCUGCUGACAGACCCGAAUCUCCCGGCCUCGGGUCACCCACCAACGUACCCACUCCUCUCUCUCUGUCUCUCUCUCUCUGACGCAAUGACACCUACAUAUUAGAUUGCCGACAACCGCGAAAGGACCCACGUGGACCCCACGGAACCACCCUUUUCCCAACCACUCACCGCUUUCCGAUCCCAUCACCCGACCCACUGCGUCUUCAAACGCAGAGCCCGCCCCGGCAGAGCAGCCUUUCCUCCUCAUUAUUCAAAUUUGUCUCUCCUCUCCUCUUCCUCCUCUCAUGAACACCUCUCACCCUCCGCUCGACUUGAAUUCCGACGCCGCCGGCGUCGGAUGCCUGUCCGGGGUGGUGCGCCGGCUGCUCUGUGCGAGUCUUCGUAGCGAUGUGCACGGAGAUUGCAGCGCGGACGAAGGGGUGGGCAGCAGUAGCCUUGGCAUAGAAUGGAUCGCCAUGCAGAAGAAGAAGAAGAAGCCGCCGGCGACGCCCUGCAUCGUGGCACGCCUGAUGGGGCUCGACUCGAUGCCGGUGUUCCCCUACACUCCUCCGGAGACGGUGACCCGCAGCCGGUCUACGAACUCGGUCGAGAGCUGGCCUGGGUUCUUGUGCAGCGAGAGGAGCAGCGGCGCGGCGCAGAUCAGGACGCCGUCGUCGUUUCGUGAAGCUCCGACGUACUUGAGACAGGAGAACGAUGACUUCUUGGUCAUGAGCUUCACGCCUGAGGACAAAGCUCGGAGCAUUAUGGUCAAAGCAGGAGAUUCGAGGGAGAGGAAGAAGGGUGGGAAGAACAACGGAGCGAAGAAGGAUACCAGAAGGACGGAGCAGAGAUCUCGAGUAGCAGGAAAGCAGAUACAGAAGGAGAAUGUGCCCCAGAGAAAGCACUCCAGCGGCAAGGGCUCGGUCAUGUCGUCUCCAAAUAAGGCCUGCCGAACCACGAAAUCUGGCGGCAGCAAUAUAAAGCCCGCGAAACAAAAGGAAACGCCAUUGACGGACGAGAGAGGUCGAAGGAAGAACAGAGCGGGUUGCAGCUCCCAUCCUUCCACGGAUGGCGCGUGCUCCCGCAGCUUCAACUCUCCCCGUUCAGGUAACUCCAUAACUGGCUCAUUAUUUCCUUCAGCAAAUGCAGAAGAAGAGAGGAAGCAGACAUCGAAGUUGGAGAAGCUCAACUCCACGUCUCCGAGUUGUCAUCCCGAGACGAGCUCAAGAGACAGAGGAACCGACUUGUCUAGUGAACCAAGCACCAAGAAAUCUAGCAAGGCCGAGCGGGCGAGUCUAGAAUGGAGCGAAAUCUGGGAGAAGACUUGCAUGCUUACAGAGGAGGAUCUGAAGGACUCCACAUGGACGUCAAGAGAGACUUGGAGGUCGGAAGAGGCCGGUGAAAUAGGAGCAGUGGUGGCGCUGGAGAUGCUUGAUCUGGUCCUCAUGGAGACUGUAUCUCAGAUGUCCAGUAAUGCCACAAGAUCCAAAAAUGUAAAUGGCAUUUGACUUUGUGUCGAAUCGAUGGGAUA